AUGGAACUGAAUACGCUCUCUUGGCAGAUACAAAAAAACGACAUUUACGACAUUGCAUUGUUUGGUUGUUUGUUCAAAGCAAGUGAAGGAUCAUGGUGGGACCACUACUUGUACUUUUGGAAGAGAAGGCACCAACCCAACGUUCUGUUGCUACGGUUUGAAGAUUUGAAAAGAGAUCUGCGAGGAAACGUGGAGAUAAUCAGUCGGUUUCUGGGCAAGGCUCUGUCUGCCAAGACACUGGAUGACAUCACGGAGCAUUGCUCAUUCGACAACAUGAAGAGCAACCCUAUGACCAAUCCUGACUACUUACUUUCAACCGACGAGAGACCUGGCUGUUCCUUUAUGCGGAAAGGUAAAAGUGGGAGUUGGAAGACCCACUUCACUGUGGCGCAGAACGAAGCCAUGGACGCCCUCAUUAAGGAGAAGCUGCACGGUACCGGACUCACCUUCGAUCACUGACCAAUCAGAUUGCAUUGAUUUGUUAGAGCUAGCCAAUCAGGCAUUGGAACAGUAAAGCGAUGAAACAGAAAAGGCGUUAUGCCUACUUACACUGAACGUUACUAAUUUUACUGAUAGAAGUGAAGCCAGAUAACCUUUCACUUGAGUAAAAGUGUAUAGGACCUAUCCCUAUUAAAUUAUGACAUAAAUCGGCAACAAUUCUCGAAUAAAUGGUUGAUAAUUAUUUGACCUUUGACAUAUAAAUUGUCCCCGGCUCAGAAUUUGAUGUUUUGGUCUUUGCAACCAAUGGAGUGCCCGCCUUCAAAAUGAGACCUGCAUUCUCUCCCCAGUGCUGCCAAAUGUUACCAUACCUACGCCAUUGUUCGAGCCCCGUAGUAGAACACUUGUAAUUUGUUUCUCAUAUUUGCUCUUCCAUGGGACAGUAAAUAGGGUUUAUAUAUUUACAUGUGACUUUUAGCCUUCGAAAGGUAAAUACAAUUUGCGAAUUUCAAUCACAAUAA